AUGAUUGAACGUUUACAAUCUUUAGCUAACAGAUUGGUAGUUAGAGGAAACCAACUAGCUACCAAGUCAAUCUACUAUGGUAAAGUUACUGCUGAAGUCUCCAAGCAAAUAUAUGCAAAGGAAGGUUUGAAGCCACCUACUGUCAACGAAUUCAAGAGCACAUACUGCAAACUAUACAAGCAAGGAUUGCAAUACUUCAAUAAGCCAUCUGAGAUUAUUAACUGUGCUAAGAAUAUCAAGAAACCUGAUGCUCUAAAGUACGGUUCUUACUUGGUCCAAUUUCUUGGUUUUUACUCUGUUGGUGAAAUAAUCGGAAGAAGAAAGUUUAUUGGCUACAAGAAUUAUGAACACAAUGCCAAAGCUGCUCAUUAA